AUGAAUUCAAAAUCUUUAAUUAAUCCCAAUUACGAUUUAAAUCCAUACAAAAAAAUUGGUGAAAAAUAUGAGAAUGAUUCUUUAACAUAUUUGGAACAAUAUUACACCAAAUAUUUCCUUAUUGAUUCAAGUUUGUCGCCAACGCAUCCUUUAUUACAAUCAUCUCAAAAAGUGAAAUCAAUAAAAUUUAAUGAAAAAAUAUCUCAAUCGAUUAAUAAAAAAAAACAAAUCCCUCUUGAAAUAAAACGUGAAAUUUGCGUUAUUACAACAGUAAGUGGCAAAAAGUAUAGUAUUAAAGCAGGUGUUGUUGGCUGGGUAAUUGAUUUUAAUAUGAGACUUGACAGAGAAUAUGAUUUGUUACAGGAAAAGCCAUUUACGGAAGGUUAUAUUGCAAUUAUAAAACCUAAGCAGGAUGACCCCCAAAAAGCAUUAAAUCAUUGUAUAGAUGAAAAGGAGUACAAAGAUGUUAGAACAUUAGAUUAA